AUGUGGAGGAUAUACGGCAUUGACUUGAACAAGAACCAUCCACCAGUGCAGCAGCUGCAGCUUCAUCUUCCCGACAUGCAUAUGGUUACAUAUCAUAAAUGGGACAAGAUCAAAUGGGUUGUCAAGCGUCUAGGUGCCGACGAGUCAAUGCUGACAGCGUACUUUGACUACAACAGGCUUCAUGAGGAAGCUCGAGGAAUCUUGGCUACUUCAUACAGGGACCUGAGGACUGUUGACAGUGUGUUCCUGCCCUUGUUCCGUGAAGCUGCGGAGAGGCGAGGACUAAUCGAAGAAGAUAAUACACUCGAUGAGUGUCUUACUGAAAAUAGUUUGUUCCAUAUGCCAUCCUCAUUGCGUAGGUUAUUCACGACAAUAUUGGUAUUCUGCAAGCUCAAUGAUGUGUUUGGGUUGUGGACAAAAUACCUUGAUGCAAUGUCAGAAGACUACAGGCGCAACAAUCCAAACCCAAAUCUAGUGGAACAGAUAGUUUUGAUUGACAUUAGGAACAUGUCGCAAUCAAUGGAGAAGGACAUAAGGUCGUUCCCUCUCCCAAAAAUUGACGACGCAUAUGACGAUGCUAGUGGUAUCCCUCGCGGGAUAUUUGAGGAGGCAAGCAUUGACCAGAAUUCAAAAGAUGUGGGACUAUCUGAUUCCCUAAAUGAGGAGCAGAGGGCUUCCUACGAAGAGAUAAUGUCCAAUGUCGACACCGAACAAGGCGGUUUGUUCUUUGUGGAUGGACCUGGUGGCAUAGGAAAUACAUUUUUGUACAGGGCACUUCUCGGAACCCUUCAUAGUCAGAAAAAGCUUGCCGUUGCUACAACUACAUCUGGUGUCGCAGAGUCUAUAAUGCUUGGUGGGAGGAUGGUCCACUCACGUUUCAAGAUACCCCUUACUCUUGAGGAUGGUAGUUGUUGUAGUUUCACCAAACAGAGUGGUACUGCAAAGCUGCUGCAGCAAGGGUCUCUCAUCAUUUGGGACGAGGCAUCUAUGACAAAGAGGCAAGCUGUGGAAGCCCUAGACAACAGCCUACUUGAUAUAAUGGGCCGGCAGGAUCUGCCGUUCGGUGGGAAGACUAUAAUCUUUGGUGGGGAUUUCAGACAGGUCCUCCCUGUUGUACGGAAAGGAUCUAGGGCUCAGAUAGUCGAUGCUUCUAUACAGAGGUCGUAUCUUUGGGAAUCCAUGCGCCACCUUAUGCUCAUGCGCAUCAUGAGGGUGCAAAGUGACCUGUGGUUUGUGGAAUAUCUACUAUGCAUUGGUGGUGGCGCAGAGGAGGUUAACGGAGAUGGUGAUGUAUGUCUUCCUGACGAUAUAUGUGUCCCGUACUUUGAGGAUUCUAAGAAAGAUCUUGACAGGUUGAUUGAAUGCAUCUUUCCAAACCUCAAUGCAAACAUGACAAACAAGGACUACAUUACCUCCAGAGCGAUUCUAUCCACACGUAAUGAUUGGGUGGACAAUAUUAAUAUGAAGAUGAUCGGCAUGUUCCAGGGUGGAAAGAUGGUGUACCAUAGUUUCAACUCCGCGAUUGAUGAUCUGCAUAACUACUGUUCGUCAAAGUUCCUUAACACAUUGACUCCCAACGGGCUACCUCCACAUUUGCUAAAGCUCAAGAUCGGCUGCCCGGUCAUAUUGCUUAGGAAUAUUGACCCUGCGAAUGGACUGUGCAAUGGUACAAGGCUGGUGAUUCAAGGCUUCCAAAGAAAUUCGAUCGAUGCUAAAAUUGUGCUGGGACAGCAUGCCGAAAAGAGGGUUUUCCUUCCUCGAAUAGCAUUGUGCCCCUCUGAUGAUGAGAUGUUCCCAUUCCAAUUUAAAAGGAAGCAAUUCCCUAUUAGGCUCAACUCUAUACCAAAUGUGGGUGUGUACCUGCCCCACCUUGUGUUCUCUCAUGUACUAACAGUUUAUGAAUUACCAAGUUUCUUCUGUGAUGACAUCGGGCCAUUUUUUGAUUUCAUGUAUUCAGACCCUGGUGUAUUUUGUUGA